UGCCGUCUGAGGUGCUAUCGGAAUGCGUCCGCCGACACCCAGCAGUGACACGACGGUAAAAAAACAGGAUUUACUCACGCCUUUCGUGGCUGUGUAGAGCGUGGUCCAAGGCUUGUGCGGCAUCCGCUGCCCGAAAAUUCCGCUGUACCAAUCCACAAAAGCGAGUAUGACGUCACGCNGUUGUCCUCGACGGGGGGGCCUUUCGACGCUGCGGUUGACGAACAAUUGCGCGAACAGCACGGACAGGCCGAUUACCCCCGUACAGCUUGCUCUUGUGCUGUUUUUGGAUGGGGACACGCUGAGNACUUGAAAAACUUUCCACAUACCAGCCGAUUACCCGCGUACAGCUUGCUCUUGUGCUGUUCUUGGAUGGGGACACGCUGAGCGACGAAGUUCUUCCGUGCUGGCUCGUCAGGCCCCAAGUCGAGGAAGCGCUUUCGUUCUGCCGUGAGGAGAUCGAGCCGGUAGUCGCUGUUCCCUGGGUCGGCAAACUUUGAAGCACACGAACCACGGCAGCAUGCCACGUUCAGGACAGCCUCGAGGUCUUUCGCUUUGGCGUGCCGACNUUCUUUUUGGCUGGCUGUGGAGAAUCUGCUGCAGGUUGAGCAGAGGGCAGUGAAGACACUCCUCGACCAGACUGAGGUGGACGUACGUCGAUGUUGGUAGCCUCCCGAGCGACCGGCCCGGCGCCGAACAAGAACUCGAGCGCCCCUGGGGCGAACGACAUCGUCUGGGUGACGAUGGCAGCAGCCAACCACAGCCAACGCCGCAUGGCUCUGCUGG